GCCGAGCAGUUGAAAGCAAGCAGCCUGCUAGAAAUAUGCGGCUGCUCGCUUUCAUUGUGCCGAUCAUUUUAAUUUCACUGGCUUUGGACGUAGAAGACGCCGAAGCUGCAGUUUAUCGACGCAGAGCUAAAGCUCGGUCAAUAAUUCUUAAAUGUUGCGGCACCAAGUCUUGCUCAAAACAGGAGGACAAUAACACGGCGGUAAAAGGACGAAAUAAUGCCACAGCCAUCACAACAAAGAAAGAUGGUGUGGGUAAUGCGGCCGUAGCAAACACUGUUACCACCAAUUCAGGACCAGCUAAUACGGCAAAUGCUGACGCGUCCGGGGGUGGCGAAACACCACCACCUGCUGAUGAAACUCCUCCUGAAGGAGAUCCACCAACUGACGCAAUCAAUCAAAAUUUGGGCACAACCCCAAGUGGACCGGAAGUUUCGGUGAGCAGCUCGGCCGCCACCGCAACACAGGAACCCAGCACGACCGGCCAAAAAAUGGACUCGAGUACUUCAAACACGACCACAUUUACAAACAGCUCCACCCUUGAUUCUACCUCAAAUGCAAUUUCGGCAACGUCUUCUACCUUGAGUACCUCAACAACUACGACACCAACUACGACGACUACAACAUUAGCGACUACCACUACAACCCAACCACCAUCUGUUGAAGAACUCAUACUGGGAAAAUGCGAAACGUUUGACAAGGAUGUGACACAGUUUACAUCCGAUAACAGUUUGAAAGAUCCAGAAAAGUAUGGUUCUUGGGUGGAAUCAUGUGGCUAUCAGUUUGUCUUCGGAAAAACAUACGUUACCUGGCGAGAAAACAUGAUAAAGUGUAAUGAGAUCGGUAUGGAGCCCUUGACGGUUGAAGAUGCGACCAAGCUGGAAUGCUUUUCAAAAAUGGGCUACAAUUGGAAAUAUGCUUCAAAUUUCUGGACUUCCGGCAUUAGAUCAAGUCAGAAUACUUUUUCAUGGUGCAAAAAACCGACAAACGUCUCCUUCGGCAUGCAAAUUCCAUGGGCCGCCGGACAGCCUGAUAAUGCAAACAACAGCGAGAACUGCGUCCACAUGAGUUUUCUGCGAGAAAACAAUCCCAUUAAACUUUCAGACAGAACAUGCACCGACAUGUUCAUAUUCGGUUGUCAGGGCCCAACCACUCCCGUUCCAUCAACCUGCGCGUCUCCUGUUUGUUCGAACGUGCCAUGUGUCAAGAAUCCAUCUUUGUUCAGCUCAACAGACAUUUUAAAAACACCAAUGACGUAUGGAACUUGGUUCAAUCAUAACGGAAGAACAUACAUGUUCAGCCUGUCAAACGUUACUAAUACGUUUUCGGGGGCCAUGAAAGCGUGCUGCGAUAUUGGAAUGUCUCUGUUAAGUCUUGAAUAUGACUACAAGUAUAAGUCCCUGAUGGAGGCUAUGAAGGUGAAUGCGUCGUCCAAGUCUGACUUCUUUUGGACUUCUGGUUCUGACCAGGGCUGCGAGGGCAAAUUUGGUUUUUGCACGACCCAGCGAACUUUGCGAAAAGACGCCGUUUGGGCUCAGGGACAGCCGGACAACGCUAACGGGAAUGAUAAUGCGAUUGCGAUUACUGUUAACUCGAGUCACUUGCUAUUUUACGACGCGAAUGAAAAUAGCCAGUACAGAUACAUAUGCGAGGGACGAGACACAAGGAAGGCCAAAUCAGGCGGCGACGGUGUAAGAUUAGAGUGUGCCGCUGCCUACAACGUUACUCAAGAGGAACAGAAUACUUUGUUCACCAAACCAAAUUUUGACGUCAGAAUAAGGUGCUUCCUUAAGUGCGUUGGUGAGAACGCUGGAGUGAUGGUUAAUGGGAAAUUUGUCUAUAAUGAUGCUGUGCCAGUCAUGGAAAAUAUGAUGGCGGGCAAUGUGACCGAGUACACCAAUAACUUUGCAAUAGUUGACGCUUGCAAAAAUUCCCUAAUGGGUAUGAGUGAGUGCGAUCUGGCUGCCAUGAUGAUCAAGUGUACCAACGACAAAGCACCUCAAAUCGUCCGUGGCAUCAUCGCGGGAAUGGAAAAGACCAUCCUUCUGGAAAAACCACCGAUGGCACAACCAGACGCAUUUUGCUACGAUCCUUCUGCUUGCAAAUUGAAUUCUGCAUUGAAGCUAGAGGUUGAUAAUUGUGCAUCAAAUUGCUCACUAAGCGCUGGCGAUGGUUUAAUUAGAUCGGCUUGUGGAAAGAAGUACCUUUAUUACAAGACAAGUAUAACGUGGGAUCAAGCAUUCAUCACAUGCUGCGAAUAUGGCAUGAAAUUGGCCUCAAUCGAUAGCCAGGAUGAACUCGCGUGUCUCAGCCGCGGUCUUGACGCAUCAUUUGAUAGUGUGGCCAUGUGGGUGGCUGCCAGCAAGUUUAACAGCACCGUAACGCGAUGGUGCACCUCAAAUGUGCCGUUUUCCCUAGAAGGCGUUUCAACGUUUGCAGAAAAUGGCAAUGCUUACACUUUCAUAAUGAGUCAGCGGAAUUUUAAUGCUGAAACACCAACAAACACCAGGCCAGCUUUUUGUGUCAAUAUGUGAAAUAAAGAGAGAGA